ACGGUCCUACAGGCAUGGACCCCCAUGCCUGUGGCAUGGAAUAUGUGGUUGAAUGCACAUAAAGCAAGAAAGUAAAAGUAGAAUCGGCAAUAAUUUCACCUUUUUAGGUGUAGUUACAGUCUGCUCGACCCAGCAUGUCGGCAAUGCGCACUUCAUACGCUGACAACAGUUAAAGGUCAGCUUUGUGAGGGGGCAAGGCAAGGUAUCGGCCAUGAUUAUAAUCAUCCAGGCUCUUUAGCUUUUCGCGAAUCGGGUACAAAAUUCAAACGUCAAGCCUCAGCAGUGAUGAUAAAGGAGGAAUUCCAUGGCCACCGGUCCGUGCGACAUUAAGAUAAUAGCAAACUUUCUGCACAGUACUAGUACUUGACCAUUUUUUGUGGGAGGAAAUUUGGGAAUUGGAUAGGGCAAUGUGUGAUUUUGAAUGCCUUUCUGUCACAAAAAUCUAGAGCAGGAGUAUUUUUUUGCAAGUCACGCUCCAGGGCACAUGGAGCAGCAGCAGUUGCAGCAGGAAGGGCGGUAUACAGGGGUUUUUUAUGGGCGAAUGUUGGAGGAUAUUUCGGCGGGUGGUCAUGUCGGCGCGGAUAGCUCAAGGCACGCCUUAGGGUUUCCUCUCGGCACCGCCCUGGUUUUGUUAAUGGUUUUCGGUAUGAGCGCAUUUUUUUCCUGUUGUUACCACUGGGAAAAGAUCACAAGCUUGCACGGCCGUCAUCGGAGUGGCGCCGCUAGUUUACCAGCACAGUCUCCGCCCGCCAGUCGUGCUGCCACCGCUCUGCCCUUGUCAAACGCUGCCAUUUGGAGCGGCUCUGGCAAAAAUACUCCGCUCCGACAGAGCCGAAGCAGUGUGGCCGUGAUGAUGCCCGGAGAUGAUGUCCCAAAGUUCGUUGCAAUGCCGUCGCCUCACGGAUUUGCGCCGGAAAAUGUUGGAGACAACGCCGUGCCUUCUUCACACACCAGUCAAUCCAAACAGAGCCGCUCUUGAUUAUAGCUUUGCAAAAUUUUGUCGUAUUUUCAAGGUUUUCUAUCUCUGGAAGGGCUUAGCUGACAGUAUCUGGUGUAUAAUGAAAAAUACUAAAUGACCUUUUGGUUAUCACUUAUCAGUAGGAUCAUAUUAGGUGGCCAGCAGUUGGUCCAUUAGAGUUUAUUUCAGUAUACAUUUGUGAUUAUUAAGCAAAACUGUAAAUCUUCCAUCAACGGCAGUUGAUUCCAAAGUUAUUGAAAUAAAAUUGUGAAUUUGUAUUCCUGAUUACGAGCUUCAGAUUUUCACAAGUUCUUGCAGAAAAUUGUUCAAAUCCAGAAGCGUAGAUGGAAAAAAUUUCAGUCAAAUCGAGAAACACCUCACGCUAAACAAUAUGGUUGUGAUGGCCGAUGUGACAGAGCCGACGCAGUGUGGCCGUGAUGAUGCUCGGAGAUGAUGUUCCAAAGUUCGUUGUAAUGCCGUCUCCUCACGGAUUUGCGCCAAGAAAAUGUCGGAGACAACGCCGUGCCUACUUCACACACCAGUCAAUCCAAACAGAACCGCUCUUGAUUACAGCUUUGCAAAAUAUUUUAGUAUUUUUAAGCUUUUAUCUCUGGAAGGGCUUAGCUAUCGGUAACUGAUGUAUAAUGAAAAAUACUAAAUGAACUUUUGGUUAUCUCUUUAUCAGUAGGAUCAUAUUAGGUGACCAGCAGUUGGUCCAUUAGAGUUUAUUUCAGUAUACAUUUAUAAUUUUUAAGCAAAACUGUAAAUCUUCCGUCAAUGGCAGUUGAUUCCAAAGUUUUUGUAUAUAAAAUUGUAAAUUUGUGUUC